CAUUGAAUGACGCGUUCAAUGAGUUAUUAAAUACAGUAUUAAAGCAAACAAAACAUAACUAACCGUUACUCAUCACUUUUAUCAACCAAUUGAUCGCAUCAUUUGAUAAUUGUUGACAAAACAAACAUUUAAGUGAUGUCUUCUCAUAAUACGGAAACCAAUGGACAGUUAGUGACGGGAAGUGACAAAAAUAUUGAUACUUUGGUCACCGCUGAGGACGACUUAAGCGGUGAUAAUAUUGUAGUCAAUGGUGUCCAUCACUUGUUAACCGAUGAUGACAAGCAAAGUAAAGACAAACACAAUGAGGAAGAAUCGGUGACAAACAGUGACAACUCUGAUACUGACAGUGACAACAAUAGAAAAUUAAAGAGAGAAGAGGUUUAUGAAGAAGUAAGCGAUGAAGAAGAUGUGAUCAGUACUUCCAAUGAUGAAGAUAUGGAGUCCAGUGUUAGUAUUAACGACACACAUAUUCAAACAAACAAUUUGUCCAACUUUUAUGAGUUAAAUGAUGGACAAGACUUGGAUCUGUCGACACAACCAUUUCCAGACACAGUCACAGUAUUGGAAGGACCUAACGGUGCAAAAGUAUAUUUGGUGGGAACGGCACACUUCAGCGAAAAGAGCCAACAAGACGUCAGCCAUACAAUUAGAAGAACUAAACCCAAUAUCAUUGUUCUCGAGCUCUGCGAAAGUCGUUUAAGUAUCUUAUCGUUUGAUGAAAAGUCAAUUCUUGAAGAAUCAAAAACAAUGGGAAUCGCAAAAAUUCGUCGAAAUAUACAAGAAUAUGGCUUAGUUCAGGGUGUUAUGUAUGUACUUUUACUUAGUCUAUCAGCCCAUUUGACUAAACAGUUAGGAAUGGCUCCGGGAGGAGAGUUUAGACGCGCGUUUAAUGAGGCCAGUCGAGUUCCCGGUUGUGUCGUUCAUUUGGGUGACCGACCCGUUCACAUAACAUUACGUCGUGCCAUAUCAUCGCUGACCGUUUGGCAGAAACUAAAGUUAGCGUUUGGUAUCAUUUUUAAUAAUGAAUCGAUCAGUAAGGAAGAGGUCGAAAAAUGUAAACAAAAAGAUCUUUUAGAGGAAAUGUUGGCUGAAAUGACGGGAGAGUUUCCCGCAUUGAGCAAUGUUUUUGUUAAUGAGAGGGACACCUAUUUAGCAUAUUCUUUAUGGUUAGCCGCUUCUCCAAUACCCGAUAUGUCUCUACCUUCAGGGUCUAGACCGGCCACUGUAGUUGGUGUUGUUGGUAUUGGACACGUACCAGGAAUUGUCAAACAAUGGGGAAAAGUUACCGAUAAAGAAAUCCCGCCACUUUUAAAACUUCCAGAGACAUCACUGACAACAAAAAUAGUGAAAAAAUCAAUUAAAUACACAUUUAUCGGUUUAGCCGUUUGGGGCUGUUAUCGACUUUUGGCUCCAACUUCAUUAAACAUUGCUUUAUCUGAUGUUUCAAAACAAACAAUUAUUUGGAUUCAAAAAUCAAUAAAAAAAUAAUGAUUUAAUAUAUAAUUUAUAAGUAAAUAGGUUUUAUUA